AUGUAUCACUGGCUGGCCGUUGCCUGCCUUUGUGCGCUGCCGUUCUGCCGCGUGGAAUCACGCUCAACGGUCAGGAAUCCGCAGCUACGGUGGACGGGGAGCUGGGCACACAAUGAGCAGCGUCGAGUACUGUCGAGUGGCAGUCCGGCUAUAGUUGGAAUCACCGACCUAUUGGGCCGCCUGGAUAAACACAGGUCAGCAAUCGCGCUCUACCGACGGCUGGAAAGCAUUCCUGUUUACAUCGCGACUGACGCUUCGAGGAAUGCGUUGAUAUCGCAUUAUCCGCUGGAAGACGUGGGCAAUGCAGCUGAAUCGGCUACAGAGGCGCCGCCUGCUGCUGCGGUGCGGCCGGCGAAGCACAUGCCGAAAGCCCAGCAAAUCGUACAGGAGUUCCUGCAGCAAUUCGCGGAUGUUAAGGAGGUUGUUUCUACGCAGAGCAGCACCCACGACCUAAGCCGCAUGAAGCGGCGGAUACCAGCGGUGGUGCUAUAUUUCAUGGACCCAAACGCCUGCGCAGCGCAUGUGCUGGAGCUGAGGAGGCAGGGAAAGGAAGCCCAUAUGGCGCGAACCACGCUGGCCGACUACGCACGUCAGGUUGACAACGCUACACGCAAGUUUGACCCGAUUCUGUUGCCCACUUCGGAGGCGCUGGUUAGCGCAACGCGACGUGGAAAAGGGACGUUCAAAGGUACGCCCAUAUUUACCACCGACCCGCCCAUCGUGGUUACCAAAUCGGAGACAUCGGAAGGGGGUUUCAAUCCUGCUACAGACAAGCUGGUGGUCUUCUUUUCGCCCGAAAGCGCUGCCGAAAUAUACCGAGGUGCCUGGUGGAAGGGCAGCGUAAAAAAGGAGCUCGGUGGCGAGACGGUACGCUACCGGAUACUUCCAGGGGCAGGUAAAUGGUCGACACGAAUACUGGUGUCCAGCCUGGAGGAGCUGUGCGCCCGCAUAAAAACGGACGAGCCUUACUGGACAUCACUCAUACACCUCGAGCCGCCGACCACCGCUGCAGACAAGCAUGCUCAACAGCUGUUUCAAGAGAGCGAAAACAAAGGCAAAUCCGCGUGGGAUGUCUUACACAGCUUUCGUGUUUUCUUCAACUACUAA